AUGAAGUCCGCCGCCCUCUGGCUGCUACUGGCCGUGGUCGGCCUGGUCGCGGCCUGGUCGAAAGAAGACUACGAGAUCUUCCGCCUCCGCGAUGAGUUGGCCACCAACGAAGGCGCCAAUGUGACUUUCUACGACUUCCUCGAGGUCCGCCCAAACGCCAACCAGGAACAAGUCAUUAAAGCCCACCGCAAGAAAUCCAAGAACUUGCACCCCGACAAGGUCCGCCGCUCCUUUAUCGCCAACUACUCCAAGGACAAGAACAAGGCCAAAUCUUCCAACGGCGUCAACGUCAACAAGGGCCCGUCCAAGCGCGAAGUCGACGCUGCCAUCAAGGAUGCCAAUGCCCGCUCCGCACGCCUGAACCUGGUCGCCAACGUGCUCAAGGGCCCAUCCCGUGAGCGCUACGACCACUUCCUGAAGAACGGCUUCCCCCUGUGGAAGGGCACCGGUUACUACUACGAUCGCUUCCGUCCGGGCUUGGGCUCCGUCCUGGUGGGCCUGUUCCUGGUCUUCGGCGGUGGGGCGCACUAUGGUGCGCUGUAUCUGGGUUGGAAGCGGCAGCGCGAGUUUGUGGAUCGGUAUAUUCGUCAGGCGCGCCGUGCCGCGUGGGGCGAUGAGCUGGGUGUACGUGGGAUCUCGCUCGGUGCGGCGGCGACCGCCCCUGCGCCUGCGCCCGAGGAAGCCGAGGGUGGUGCAGUGGCGAUGAACCGCCGCCAGAAGCGCAUGAUGGACAAGGAGAACCGCAAGGAGAAGAAGAGCGGUCGCGCGAACGGACGUGGCUCGGGCUCCGGUACCGCCACGCCUACUGAGCAACCUGUCGCCGCGGCUGUGUCCACUGGCGAGCGUAAGCGCGUUGUGGCUGAGAAUGGCAAGGUGCUCAUCGUCGACUCCAUUGGCAACGUCUUCCUGGAAGAGGUGUCUGAGGAGGGCGAGAAGCAGGAGUUCUUGCUGGACAUUGAUGAGAUCCAGCGCCCCUCUGUCCGGGACACCGUCUUGUGCAAGCUCCCCGUCUGGUGCUAUCGCAGGACGGUUGGCCGGGUGUUGGGCUCGACGGAGGUUCUGGAGGAGGAGGAGGAGGAGGAGGAGGAGGAGGAGGAGGAGGAGGAGGAGGAGUAUGUUCAAGCUGCGGAACUGGUCGACGAGGCCACUGCCCCCUCGAAGUUGAUCCGUCGACGCGGAAAGCGCAACCAGCGGUCACGAUCAUAG